UAUAUUAUCAUCCAACUACUUGUUAAAUCUUAUCUUCAAGCACCUACCAUGAUCUCUUACGGCUGCGUCCUCCAUAUCCACGGUUGGCGGAUUAAAUAAUUAUUAAAAAAAAAAGACGACGAUGACAUGAAUGAAAUCAAUUAUUGAGUCGUGCCUGGCGACUGUUAUCGAAAUCUGCCUUUUCCCAUUUCCCAGUCUUCGAACCAUCUACUCUCUCGGAAAAUAAGCAGCUUUUCUCCGGCGCCACCGGCGCCCUUGUGAGUGCGCAAUCGAUGGCGCCGGUUAUUGGGCCCGAGGAGGGGAACGGGCCUGGGCCGGGCUCUUCGACGGAAAAGUACUCAUACGAGGGCCAGAUGACGCGGUACGUCGUUGGCGCCUGCCUCGUCGCAGCCAUGGCGGGCCUUCUCUUCGGAUACGACAUCGGUAUCUCCGGAGGCGUGACGUCAAUGGGGCCGUUCUUGCGGAAGUUCUUCCCGUCCGUCUACGCGAGAGAAGCUGCGGAUAAAUCGACGAACCAGUACUGCAAGUUCGACGACGUCGGUUUGACGAUGUUCACGUCUUCGCUGUAUCUGGCGGCGCUGGUCUCCUCCCUCGCGGCUUCGUGGGUGACCAGAGAAUUGGGCAGGAAAGCUUCCAUGGUUCUUGGAGGGUUCGUAUUUUUCCUCGGGGCUGCAAUGAAUGGAUUCGCUGUCAGCCUCUGGAUGCUCAUUCUCGGCCGCCUUCUCCUCGGCGUCGGCGUCGGCUUUUCUGUCCAGUCAGCGCCGCUCUACGUAUCUGAAAUGGCGCCACACAAGCACCGCGGCGCACUCAACAUCUUCUUCCAGCUCAGCAUCACAACCGGGAUAUUAUCCGCCAAUCUCAUCAACUACUUCACCCCAAGGAUCACAUCCUUCGCCGGAUGGCGGCUGAGCCUCGGCGGCGCGUGCAUCCCGGCCCUCUUCAUCUUCAUCUCCGCAAUCUUCCUUCCCAACACUCCAAACUCCAUGCUCGAAAAGGGCGGCGGCGGCCGGGAGGAGGAAGAACAAGCCCUGGCCAUGCUCUGCCGCAUAAGGGGCGUCACCCAGCAGCAGGCGGCGGCCGAGUUCCGGGACCUGGUCGCCGCCGCCAAGGCGUCCAGGGCGGUUGACGGCGAGCACCAGUGGAGGAAGGUGCUCGGGAAGAGGCAGUACCGGCCGCAGCUGACGAUGGCUGUCGUCAUCCAGGCGGCGCUGCAGUUGAGUGGGAUCAACGUGGUGAUGUUCUACGCGCCGGUUCUGUUCAGCAGCAUCGGGUUUGGCGACGAUGCGGCGUUGCUUUCGGCGGUCGUGACCGGAGGUGUCAACGUCGCCGCGACUUUCGUUGCUGUUUAUGGAGUGGAUCGGUGGGGGAGGCGGGCUCUGUUUCUCUACGGUGGAGCUCAGAUGUUUAUUUUCCAGGUUUUGGUGGCAGGGCUCAUAGGAUGGAAGUUUGGGGUUACCGGAGAGGUAUCGAGUCUGCCCAAAUGGUACGCCGUCUUGAUCGUGACCUUAAUCUGCGGCUUCGUUUCCGGCUUCGCUUGGUCGUGGGGCCCGCUGGGUGUGGUGGUGCCGGCGGAGAUCUUCCCGCUGGAGAUCCGGUCGGCGGCGCAGAGCAUCGCGAUCUCGACCAGCAUGGUGUUCACAUUCUUAAUCGCACAGCUGUUCCUCACCAUGCUCUGCCACAUGAAGUUCGGCCUCUUCUUGUUCUUCGCCUUCUUUCUGGCCGCCAUGUCUGUGUUCGUCUAUUUCUUCCUCCCGGAGACGAAGAACAUCCCGAUCGAGGCGGUUCACCGUGUCUGGGAGAAGCAUUGGUUUUGGAGGAGAUUCGUCAUUAGUGAUGAUGAUCAUUGAUAAUUAAGUUUAGUAUAAAAGGAGUUUUUUUUUUUAUUCCUGUCAUUUGACCUUGUUUUUUGGCACAUGGGCAAGGAGUUUAAGGUCGGAUUAUUCAUGGCGAUUGACAUGGUGCUUAGAUAUGCUUAGAUAUAAUCUCUUAGCUUAAUCCUUUAUUAAAGAAGUUUGAUUGUAGAGCCAAAAAAGGUGGGAAAUUUUCUAUGGUAAGAAAACAACACCAUAUGCGAUAAAAGAAAAAUAUGAUAGUGUCUAUAUAAUCUUUUAAUUUACUAGAGGUUCUACACCAAUGAUAAAUGGAGUCAUGCAGAAUUACGUAAAAGUAGAUUAUCCACCUUAUAUUUUGCUAAAAAAAUAUGAUCAACUGCUAUUAUUUUGAUUUAAAAUAUAAAAAAUAGUUCCGCUAUGUCAAUCAUCACACAAGAAGUGACUGAUGAUGAGUUGACCUGAAAUUUUGGUUAAUAAAUCAUUCAAAUCGAC